CUCUUUUUAUUCUCACCAAAGAGAAAAGAGAGAGGCAAAGAGUAAGGGCGAAAUGUCCCUCUUUCGUAUCCUUCUUCCAAAGCCAGGGCAUCAUCUCCACAAAAGAGCGCUUCCCAAAGCAACAAGAUGGUGUUCAUCUUCGUUGAGCAGUGGGCCGGAGAAACCAUCGAGUUCAGAGAACUCGGAGGCGGGAAAGGAGCAAAGAGCUGCAGCUGAGGAGUCAAAUAACAAAUAUACGGAACCAGCAAAGGGUCAAAACAAAGUGGGGGAAUCAUGGAAUUCUCUGAAAGGCAUUUUUUCUAAUCUGAAGGAAAGAAUGCUGGGAAUUUCCCGAUUUCAGAAGCAAAUCACUGUCGAAACAAUUGAUUAUGUAGCUGAUAGGACAAUAUCUGAGGUUAUUAAGACAAAGAAUAGUCCUCAUGACACUGAAAUUGAUCAACCCAAUUAUAGCAUUCAGAUGCCAAAAGUCAUAAGGGAUUCUCACAGUUGCAAGGAAAAUAUCUCAACGAGAUUAAAAUCUGAUAUAAUUAGGGAACGCUCUUCAUCUGAAGUGGUUGAUGCUACAGUUUUUAACCAAGUUGAUGUGCAUAUGGCUGGUUUGGUUGUAUCCAAUGCUAGAAAGGAGCGUGCUGGUCCAGAAAAUGUUGAAAAUAACUUAACAAAUGCGUCAUUGCAUAGAGGGGGGAAAAAUUCUUUGAGCAAUUUGGGUGAUAUGUUUGCAUCUAAACACAAAGAGAAAAAUGUUGGUCCUAAAAAUGUUGAACAUGGUGUAAGUGGAAAUUUAGUUCUAUCAUCAGAGACCUUCAUGGAUUCUCAAAACAGUGAGAAAUGCGUUAGAGCAACUGCAGCUUCCAAUGUAACAUGGAAAAGAUCUUCUAAGUAUAUGGGUCAAUCAGAAGUAGAGCCUGAAUCAGACAGGCAACUUGGGGAAGUGAUGUUGGACAACACUGGGGUUCUUGAAUCAGAAACUGAGUACCAGUCUCGCGUAACACAUCAGUUACCAGGUGAAGAGUCUAGGAUAUUCCAAAAGGAUGUCACAAAUGGAUCCACAGUAGUUGGAAAUGGAAACCAUCAACUUAACAAAAGAACUUGGAUAUCAGAUCAAACACCUAGUGCAGAUACUGAUGUGGAUAAAAUGCCUGUGUCAUCUAAUCGAUCUCAAGAAGUGGGAUUGGCAAACAUGUUUCUGAGGACAAUGAAUGAUCAAAAAGCUGGCAAAAUCCCCAGUAAAAAAAAUGAUACUUUGGCUUCAAAUGGACUUUUGGGAAUUUUAACUGAAAGAAAUGAAACAACAGGUGAAGAAGAUAUGGGAAAAGGAUUCAACAUUAAUGGCUUAAUUGGCUGCAUUAAGGAGCUGCCUAGAGAACUAUUAAUUACUAAACCUCAGGACAGUGCUAUUCCCAGCAAGACUGAUCAUAUCAUUAAAAGGGGAGGCUCAGUUAAAAAGGUUACAAUCCCCGCUGAUUCACAUAAGCAUGAUGCUAAAAGAAGCGAAAGUUCGUUUAGAGGCCGUGCCAUGGAAAGGGAGACAAACACCAUUGAUGAGAGUGAAGAACAACCAUGUAGGGGAAUCGCUUCCCUUAAUACAGAUUCCGUAUCUAAAAGUGACAGUAGUGACUUGAAAGUUGCAUCUCAAAAAAAGUCCAAACUAAGCCCAAAGAUCCAUCUUCCAACUAGCAAGGAAGACUUAAAUAAGAUCCCAAUUACAUUCAGCCAGAAAGAAGGAUCAACAGAAAGCAAGGUAUUGGUUAGAUUUUUGCACAAAAAUGUGAAGGAUGAUGCUGUUGUUAAUGCUUUAAAUGAUUGUGGGGAGAUUGUGAAGAUACAGCUACUUUCCGUUAGUGAAGGAAGCAAUUUCAGAGAUGCUUGGGUGCAUUUUAAGACAAGUAAUGAAUCACAGAGAGCUCUCAGGAAAACUGACCUCAUUAUAGGGAAUUCCGAAGUCGUUGUUGUGGCAACUUCUUUAGAAGAUGUGCUUAAUAAAGUUUCCAUUCCCAACGUGAUUGGUGAUUCUGAACUUCCUGUUGCAUUAAUAAAGAAUCCCACACGAACAGUUAUGAUUAAACAUUUGACCCAUGAUAUAAGCUUACAUCACCUUAAAGGAGCUCUUGCCUUCUGUGGAAGUGGCAUAUCCAGCUUUUUCUUGGGUUCCUCAAGCUCUGUUGCUUUUGUAGAAUUUGAGACGGAAGAUGCCAAAGAGACAGCAAUUGCAGCAUGUUCUAUAAAUGUUGAAGGAAAACAGCUAUCAAUCCUCAGAAUUGAUGUGCCAAGAACAACCGUUGUAAGGAUUUCAAAUUUUGGUGGAACAGUAUCAAAGAAAAGAUUCCAGACUAUAUGUAACUCUCACGGGCAAGUGAAGCAGAGGAAGGACCGAGGCAGGGACAUUGUGGAUGUACAUUUCAAGCUUGCUGAAUGGCCUAAUAUGUUGACUAUUCUCAACAGUUUAAAUGGAAUGGAAGUAGAUGGCAAUCGGUGGCUUGCCCGGCCUGCACCUGUUUUUCCUCCAGAAGUCCUUCAAGUCCUUUGGAGUCGGCCAGAUGAAAGAAUUCAUGUCAUAUCUGUUUUGCGCAGACUAUUGCAGAACACUGAACUGAUAAGUCCUGAAAUCACUUUUCUAGCCAACAAAUAUUAUAAAGAUAUACUUUGAGUUAUCAUUGCAUUCUUUGUUCCAAUUUAGCUGUGCAAAUUGGAUACUGAUCAUAUUGUACUGGGCAAUCCAGCAAUGAACUUGGAGCCUUCUUGACA